GGCUUCUUGCUCGCCGACAAUGGUUUCGACGUCUGGUCCAUGAACACGAGGGAGGCCAAGACGUACGCAAGUCAUCUCACGCUGUCGAAGCACAAUCCAAAGUUCUGGAGAUUUAGUUUUGACGAAAUGGGGCGCUACGACGUCGCUGUUUGCAUCGACCACGUUCUGAACGCCACCGGCGCCCCCAAACUAACGAUAGUGGCGUUUUCCCAAGGAUUCCUCGCAAACCUCGUUCUUCAUUCAGUGAGGCCCGAGUACAACGAAAAGGUGAACCUUCUCGUAGGCUAUGGUCCUGUCGGAAAUAUCACCCACAUUGAGCCACCAUUUGCUUGGGUAUUACCGAUCUCUUCGAUACUUGAGGCAAGUCAUUUCACACUUUGA